AUGAUUCCAUUGACCUUGGUCGCUGAAGAUGCUCAUGGAAUCGGCCUAGGUAUCGGAGGAUUAGGAGGAUUCGGUGGCGGAUUUGGCGGCGCUGGUGGACUCUUGAGUGCUGGAAACUACGCCAAUGGAUUCAGCCACUCCAACGGAUUCAGUCAUGGAAACCACAUCCUGAAAAAAUUCGGAGGAGCUGGUGGGCUGAAACAUGGCCAUCUUAACGCCCACCUCCUGGGCAAACGAAGUGCUGAUCCCGCGCCAAUAUUCGGACUUGGAGGCCUAUUCGGUGGAUUGGGUGGUGGAUUCGGAGCGAAAGGUGGACUCUUGAGUGCUGGAAACUAUGCCAAUGGAUUCAGCCAUUCCAAGGGCUACAGUCAUGGAAGCCACAUUGGCGGAGGAUUCAAGAAAUUGGGAGGUCUUGCAGGUGGCCACCUUAAAAAGUUCCUCUUCGGGAAGCGAAGCGUCGACCAAGAGCCUGAGUCCGAAUAA